UUCCUUCCAGAUCUUUCCCGUUGUAUCUCUCUCUCCCCCUUCUUCCCCAAGCUCUCCAAUUAUGGAUCCAAACAACAAGAAGAGCACUAAAUUCUCAUCUCAAGUGUGUUGCUUGUUUACUUCUUCUCUAGCCUAAUUCAGUGAUGUAUUUUGUUAUUAGUAUUUUCGUGAAUCUGUUGUACUAUUAUUUUGAUUAGGUUUAAGUGAUUGCUCAAAUAAUUGAUUUUAAUCGAGUAGUUAUUAUUUAUUAGAGAUUUCAAAAAUUCAUAUACUAUAGUUUUCUAUUCAAUCUCUUGAUUUUAUUCUUAGCUUAUUUGGUGUUAUUAUCUAUCGAUAAUCAGCCACAGAAUUUCAUGAGUUCUUUGCCAGAGAAAGAAGUUCUACCAUCUGUGGAUAAUGAAAUUGAAUCACCAAAAGAUGAGUCUCUGGAUGAGUGACCUACAAAGGUGUAUUUGGAAGGCAAAUUGCAAGUAGAAACUCUUCGGAGUGAUUCCUUGAUGGUUUAACUUCAGGAAUCAGAGAAAACAAUCAAAAUCCUGGAAAAAAAAAAUAGAGAAUCUCAGACAGUCAAAGGGGAUGAUGGAGGAUCAAAUUGAGAAAGAAAAGAUGAUGAAAGAAGACCUUGAGAUGCAAUUCAAAGCAGCUAAACUGGAACUGAAUGAAGCUUGUCAAAAGGCUUGCUCUUUAGAGAACGAACUCGACCAAAAUAAGUCCAAUAAGAAGCUCGAUUCUACAUGCAAUUUGCUUCACCUGCAGCAAGAAAGCACAAAAAAAUGGAGUUACUGAAGAAUGCUGGGGUGGACCCUGAAGAAAAGCUUCUUCAAAGUGAUUGGGAGAUCACUGCAGCUUCAGAAAAGUUGGCCGAGUGUCAACAGACUAUUCUGAACCUAGCAAAAGCAAUUGAAGGCAUUGGCCUCGCCGGCGGAUCCAGCUAUCUACAACUUUAGAUACAACUACUGCUCCCAUGACAACCCCAAAGAAAAGUUUUGGACGUCGUUCAUCUCUUCUUGACAAGAUGUUGGAUGAGGACUAUGAAAUGGGGUCUCAUAUGACCAAGUAAGUCAUUCUGGAUGCCAAGAGAAAUACUUCUUCCAGUAUUGAGGGGUCAGUGAAACAACCAGAAAAGUCUCCAUUGACAAAUGAGAGUACAAAUUCAAGAAAUGAAGUGGUUACUGGCUCCCAGCCUAUCGUACCUAGCAAGAAAAAAAAUGUUCUUGGAUUGUGGAGGAAGUUGUUGCGAAAAGGUUGAAGUGAAGACAAGAGAUUGAAGAGCUGUGAAUAUCCAUAUAUUUUGCAGCCGCAGGCCAGGCCUCUUACUCUCAACAGUGAGGGCUCUCGAUAACGUUGGCCUGGACAUCCAACAAGUUGUUAUCAGCUACUUCAAUGGGUUUGCCUUUGAAAUCUUCAGAGCUGAGGGAUUUGGGCAAUACUAAUAUUUCUGGAAGUUUACGACCAGCGCUUGGAAUCAAGAAUCUAUAGUACUUGGAACUUUAUAGUAACAACAUUGAAGGUAAAAUUCCAAAGGAAUUGGGUAAUGUGGAAAAUCUUGUUAGCAUGGACCUAUAUGGCAAUAAAUUUGAAGGCAACAUUCCAAAAUCUUUUGCUAAAUUAAAGUCUCUUAGAUUUUUGCGGUUAAAUGACAACAAACUAAUUGGUUCGAUUCCAAGGGAACUUACAACCCUCCCCAACCUUAAAGUACUUGAUGUUUCUCACAACGAUCUUUGUGGAACAAUCCCUGUUGAUGGGCCCUUCGAAAGCUUUCCUAUGGAAGGGGUCUGCUGCUGGAUUCAAGUUGGAUAACCUCUUCAAACUAAAUGGCACCCGUUCAUGGAGCAAUAAGAUGACUCUCAUGCAUUAUCUUUGCAAGGUAAAGAUCUUCCCUCGGAAAAUAGAUUGACAAGAUAAGAAUAAUGGGAUUACAAAUUUUUCCCGUAUUUCUUGUAGUGUGCGGAUGCAAUGUUUACUGCUAGAAUUUUCAUCUUAUUGAUUUCGCUUUUUUCUCUAAUACUUGAUCUUAGCAAGCACAAUAAUCCUCCUUGACAAUUAAGGUUUCUUUAAGGUGGCCAUGCAACGUGAUAAUUUAAGAUCUUAUCUUACCUAUCAUCGAAAAGCAAAAGGAUGAAAAAACUAAUGGUUUUAUCAUGGCAAAGUGCAUUUUGAAUUAACUUUUCCUUGUGCUAGUGACAAUCAUUUUUCACACAAUGCUUUAUGAAAUUAUUAUUAUUCGACAGAUACUUGCUGACAAGUCGCAUGAACUACUCGACUUUUCUAAAGAUCUUUCCAGCUUGGAACCUGCAUUAAAUAUUCCUCCAUAUUCCCAAGUUAUAAUCUGGUAGCUCUGUUCUCCAAAGUUAAAUCAUUUGAUACAAAUCAUAACUCACCUAACCAUUUGAUACAAAUUGUACCUUCUUGAACUCUAAAUAAGGCUGCAUCUUGCAAGAAGGGAAAAUUAUAUAAGCUGCUUCUUGCUCUAAGUGUUUCCCUCUUCACCUCCAUUUGCAUGUAUGGACUUCCUUUUCUUGCUAAAUGCAAGCCUUGUGAUUUAUCCCUAUCUGAGUCUUGUCCUGGCAAUGGAGAGAGAGGAAACUUCAAAUAAUGCAACUGCCCAAAUGGUUGCUACAAUGAGUUGGACACUCUUAUUCUUACAACAAAGGAGGACGCGAUCAGAAACAUUUUCUCCCUAAACACUGCCACUGAAUUCCAAGACACAUCACUUCUUAUCUUCUUUUUGUUGUAUUGCAUCUUGGGAGUCAUUACUGUGGGGAUUGUUGUGCCAUCUGGUCUCUUCAUCCAAAUAAUCCUCAUGGGUUCAGGUUAUGGUCGCUUGCUUGGCAUUGCUAUGAGACCUUACACAAAAAUUGAUCAGGGGUUGUAUGUUGUUCUUGGAGCAGCUUCCCUUAUGGCUGGUUCAACGAGAAUGACAGUUACUGUUUGUAUCAUAUUUCUUGAGCUGACAAACAAUCUUCUUCUGUCGAUAACAUGUUUGUCCUUCUAAUUGCUAAAAGUGUGGCAGCCUGCUUCAACCAGAGUAUCUAUAAAAUAAUGUCGGAAUUAAAAGGCCUACCUUUCUUGGAAGCACAUCCUGAGCCAUGGAUGAGGAAUAUCACAGUUGGUGAGCUUGCUGGUGUAAGGACACCAGUGGUUACACUUCACGAAAUUGAGAAGGUGAGACGAAUUGUAGAGGUUCUAAAAUAUACCACACACAAUGGAUUUCCUUUUGUAGAUAUAGUGAUACCCGAAUUGCAUGGACUUAUCAUAAGAACUCACCUUCUUUUGGUGCUAAAAAAGAAGUGGUUCUUAAACGAAAGGAUAACAAAAGAUUGUGAAGUAUGGGGAGAAAUUCACAUGGAUUGGAAUCUAAAAUACUUCUCUUGUAGGCAUUUCCAGUGGUUGGAAUCUUGACCAGACAAGACCUAAAGGCCUGCAAUAUUUUGAAUGUUUUCCCCCAUCUGGCAAAGUGUUAACAGUAACAAAAAGGGGCACUGAACUUUUCAAUGGAGAAAAUAAUGCAUUUACCAAUGUAAAUAGGCAACAAUCACUAUGAUUUGAAUUUCAUGCGAGCAUCCUGGAGUAUGAUAUUCCUGUGAUUGUAUAAAACAUACAUUUGGGAUCUUAUGAUAUGUUCAUGAUGAUGAUAUUGUAAAAUAUUCAAAUGUAUUUAUAUAUGCAACAGUUAGUUUAUAUUGAUCUUUA